CGCCUUUAGGUUCAUGCCAAGUAGCUAGCGACUCGACAGCUUCUCACUCAUUCGACUGCAUUGCCUCGACCUGAUCACCAGACGUUAGCAUACGGAAAUUUUACGAAAACCAUACCGAAACUAAGAUACAUGAAUUUCUACUUGGAGCACGUUUUGAGCGGCGACAAGGUGUACUUGGUCCGCGGGGACAACACCUUGGGCCGGAAUCCAUCCUGCACCUGGAUCAUGAACUACGAUUACAUGUCGCGGUUCCACGCCGUGAUCGUGGUCAAACGGGAGACUCUUUUCAUCAAGGAACUGGAUUCCCUUAAUGGGGUCUUCCUGAACUACAGCCGCAUCGGCAGUGAAUUGCGAGAGGUUUUCGUUGGCGAUGACAUAUCCUUUGGCGUGGAUAUUGAUCCGUCGGUGGAGCAACAGCUACCAUGGACCUUCGGUAUCUUCACCGUCAAGGCGGAGCCGGCUCCAGCGCAGAACAUGGAUCGCACCAAGAAGAACAAUAACGGUGACAAGGCCCCCCCAACCAACAAUCCCCUAAUCACAAUCAAGACCCCCACAAAGCCCACCACCAAUCCCAAUCCCACCAAUACCGCCACCACCGUUGCUGCCUCUUAAGUGUAUCAUGGUGGGAGGAGGGAGUGGUGGCAGGAAGGAUUGGGAGGGUGGGCGAACACAGCGAUUACAUUAAACGGCGGCCGAAUGCAAAUGCGCCGGCACUUGAGGACCAAAUCCGAAUCCAUUUCAAGGCGUUAAUUUGCCAAGCCCAAGAUAACAGGAGGAGAUACACCAACAAGCUCAAAAAAAAAACAGACAUGCAAAUGACCAUCCAAGGAGUCUGCCAGUUGAUCCUUGGAGUCCGGCAAAAAAAAAAAUCAAAAAAAAACAAGGACGAUGCAACAAUAACGAUUAAGGAUAGAAUUUUAGUUACGAUAGUCAAGAAUUGAGGACUGGGUUAAAUAAUUUUCUUUCCUUACUGGUUCACCCCCUUUUAUUUUUACACUUUCGGACACUUUCAAUCUUUUUUUGAUAAAAAGAUGGCGGCUAAGACGACGAACUUCCUUAAUGCCUGCCUAAAUUUUUUGUAUUUUAAAUACAACUUACACUUACUAUAUUAUCUAUUUAAUAUUGAAUAUCUUGGAUAAAUGUCACACUUAUCGGCAUAUGUAUGAUUUUCAUCAUAUAUUUGUUAUACAAUUUUUGAAAUAAAAUUGUCAAGCAAGUA